AUGAAUUUGGUUACACCGAAACAGCGUAAAGAAUGGUUCAGCCGUGCUGAAGACUAUGCCGACACUUUUCUUCAUCAUACUAAACAUUUUUUACCACAUGUUGCAAGAUUUUGUUUAGUAGCAACAUUUCUUGAAGAUGGCAUUCGUAUGUGGAUGCAAUGGACUGAACAGAGAGAAUACAUUAUGAAAAGUUGGAGUGCUGGAUGGGCUAUUGGAACUCUUUUCGUUAUCAUUAAUCUACUUGGACAACUCGUACCGUGUGCAAUGAUUUUGACAAGAAAGAAAACUGAUAUUGCUUGUGGAGUGUUAGUUUUUAUUAUUGGCUUUCAAGCUAUUGCAUACCAAAUUAUCUGGGAACUUCGAUUUUUACUUAGAUCAUGUUCAUUGGUCGGUGGUUUAAUAUUGCUAAUGGUCGAAAAUCGAAAAGAAGCACGUAGUCUAUUUGCUGGUGUACCAACAAUUCAUAAUAAUGCACCAAAAAAUUACAUGCAAUUAGCUGGUCGUAUGUUAUUAGUUAUUAUGUUUUUAACUAUUGUUCGUUAUGAAUUAACAUUUAUGUCAAUAAUACAAAAUUUUAUUGGUGGUAUAUGUAUGUUAUUUGUUGCUGUUGGUUUUAAAACAAAAUUAUCAGCGUUAUUUCUUGUUGUGUAUUUAACAAGUGUUAAUUUUUAUUUGAAUUGCUUUUGGCUUGUGCCAAAUCAUCGUGCUUUACAUGAUUUUUUGAAGUACGAUUUCUUUCAAACGAUGUCGGUUAUCGGUGGUCUUCUAUAUGUUGUUGCUCUUGGUCCAGGUGGCGUUUCAUUGGAUGCAAGAAAGAAAGAAUGGUAG